GUGUCUUAGCUGAGGCUGGGGCAAGGCAGGAGAGGCUGGAGGGAAAUCUGCAGAAGCAGGCAUCCUCCUCCCGCUGCUGGGAAGGGCUCAGGACACCUUCGGCCCUUUUGCACCCGCCUUCCUUCCAAGGCUCAAGCCAGAAGCUCUGGGCGCUUGCUGAGUUGGUGACACAGCCACCGAGCUGGUUGCCUGGGGGAUCCCCUGCUCGGCUUCUCUCUGCCCCCCAGCAUGGAGGAAGGUGGAGAUUUCGACAAUGAUUAUGGGGCAGACAACCAGUCUGAGUGUGAGUACACGGACUGGAAAUCCUCAGGGGCCCUCAUCCCGGCCAUCUACAUGCUGGUCUUCCUCCUGGGCACCACGGGCAACGGCCUGGUGCUCUGGACCGUGUUUCGGACCAGCAGGGAGAAGAGGCGCUCGGCUGAUAUCUUCAUCUCCAGCCUGGCGGUGGCUGAUCUGACUUUCGUGGUGACCCUGCCUCUGUGGGCCACUUACACGUACCGGGACUACGACUGGCCCUUCGGUUCCUUCGCCUGCAAACUCAGCAGCUAUCUCAUUUUUGUCAACAUGUACGCCAGCGUCUUCUGCCUCACCGGCCUCAGCUUCGACCGUUACCUGGCCAUCGUGAGGCCAGUGGCCAACGCUCGGCUGAGGCUGCGGGUCAGCGGGGCUGUGGCCACAGCGGUCCUGUGGGUGCUGGCUGCCCUCCUGGCCGUGCCGGUCAUGGUGUUCCGGGCCACCGCGGUGGUUCCCAACCUGGAGAACAUCACCAAGGUGCAGUGCUACAUGGACUACUCCAUGGUGGCCACCUCCAGCUCGGAGUGGGCCUGGGAGGUGGGCCUGGGGGUCUCGUCCACGGCCCUGGGCUUCGUGGUGCCCUUCACCAUCAUGCUGACCUGUUACUUCUUCAUCGCGCAAACCAUCGCCGGCCACUUCCGGAAGGAGCGCAUCGAGGGCCUGCGCAAGCGGCGCCGGUUGCUGAGCAUCAUCGUGGUGCUGGUGGUGACCUUCGCCCUGUGCUGGACGCCCUACCACCUGGUGAAGACGCUCUACAUGCUGGGCAGCCUGCUGCACUGGCCCUGCGGCUUCGACCUCUUCCUCAUGAACGUCUUCCCCUACUGCACCUGCAUCAGCUACAUCAACAGCUGCCUCAAUCCCUUCCUCUACGCCUUCUUUGACCCCCGCUUCCGCCAGGCGUGCACCUCGGUGCUCUGCUGGGGCCAGAGCAGGUGUGGGGGCGCCUCCCACAGCAGCAGUGCAGAGAAGUCCGCCAGCUACUCCUCAGGGCACAGCCAGGGGCCCGGCCCUAACUCAGGGAAGGUCGGGGAGCAGACACAGGAGAAAUCCAUCCCCUACAGCCAAGAGACCCUUGUGGCUGACUAGGGCUGGGAUUCCCAGGGAGGCCUGGUGCCCUCUGCCCUCGCGCUCUCUCUGAAAGUCAGGUCUCAUGAGGGUACCCUCUCUCUUGCACUUGACUUCUUUCCCUGCCCCCUGCCUCCCGCCUCCCUCUUGUCCAUUUUUCUCCGUUAGUUUUGGUCAGAGGUUUUGUGGAAGGAGUCUGAGCCCUGCGGACCCAUGCUUGGCCACUCAAUAUCUGUGGGACUGACGUGGCACAAGUCUCUUAACGUCUCAGUUUCUCCAUUUGUGUAACAUGGGGGAAACCAUACUGAAGGGUAGUAAUAUGAUGUGUGCGUCUGGCUCAAUAAAAGUUCGUUCCCCCACUCCCUUUUUCUUGGAUCUCCAGCUCUUUUUUCUCCGUCCUUUCCUUUCACUUUUCUCUCCUCUCGUCCUCUCUCUGUUUUCCCCUCUGUCUCUGUAAUUUUCACUCUGAAUCCUUACCUCUGAUUCCCACCCCUUCUUCCUAGCUCAUCCCCCUCCCUCAAUCCUUUCUUCUUCCCCCUUUUUACCUCCUUGUUCUGAAGGACUCCUAAGGGUUAAGAAUCCUGAAGCUUGUAAACACCACUCCAGUUCAAGCUCUUUAUCCUGUUCCCUGAGAAAGCCAAGGGAAUGGGCUGGGGCGGGGGUGGGCUGGGUGUCAGCAAAGAAUUAGCGCUGCAGUCUGCAGGCAGGCGCUCCAGAACUUUCCCCCAAACAGAAUCAGUGCGCUGUGAUUUCAGGCACUGGGGGUAGAGCGAUUCCAGAAGGGGCCUCCCUUCCCACAUCCCCUCCAAGAUGUCAACUAGAUGUGCUUUCUGCAGAUGUCCUCAGACCCUUUCAUUCAUCCUCUGGUCUCUGUGGGAACCGGGAGGCAGUGAGGUUGGUGAAGCAACCGGCUAUUUGGUUUCAUUAUGUGAAUGGGGAGUUGGGAGAAAAAGGGGCAUCUGCAUUUCUUCUACACGCUGCUUGGCUUUCCUUCCCCCUCAAACCUCCUCCGACGCUGAGCUGCAGGUCUCUCCCCUGUCCCCCACACUCCCCACCCCGUCACCCCCAGGAGGUUUUUCUUGGGCACUGGAGAUACUCAGUGCCAAGUCACUUUCGCUGCAGUGGAGAUGCUUCUUGUGUGUGUGUGUGUGUGUGUGUGUGUGUGUGUGUGUAAGCCUGCUGAGCAAAGCAUGAAGAGUAGUGUGCCUGUGUCACUUGUCACUUGGAUAACAACCCCUUCCUUUCCACCACGUCUUCAUUCUUCACACAGUAUCCUUGAGGGAAGAAAGGACAUGUUGAGGCAAUAUAGAAUAAAAAUGUGUCCACCCCCCACUGGAUUUGGGGGCUCCGACGGCUGGUCCGUGCUUUAAGGGAGAAGUCUGUGUGUUUGCUCUGGGCUCCAUAUAAGGAGAGUACUCCCCAGAGCAACUGGUGCCCACGGCUUGAGGAGGUCCUAUGUGUUGGGUCCCCAUGCCUUCCCUCGUUUCAUGAGGGACACAGGAGGCUGGUUAAGAGUUUCCUUUGGCCCCUUUCCCAUGCUCCUCACCUUGUUUUGAGUUUAUGGGUGUUUCUUUCAUGCUCCCUCUUCCAGGGUCUGUGACCCUCUUCUUAAGGGGAGCACCUGCUUGCCAUGGAGUGAAGAGCACUGGCGGGUUUUUUCUCACCUCACCAUCAGUACCAGACUCCUUGGCUUCUCCUGCUGGGUGCAGGGGCUGGGAUCAUUGAGUGGAGCAGCCAUGGCAGGGCUGAUGGCAUAACAUCUACACCACCAGAGAGACCUUGAGGGCCAAAUUGCUGGUGGGGCCUUUGUGAGCUGGGGGCAGGGUGACUACAUUCUGGGUUUUGUUCUUGGAGGACUCUGGGUGUGGAGAACAAGGCAUGAGCCAUGGAGACAGGAAGAGCCCAGCUUGGUGUAAAUGGACAUCGUGGCCAUCUCUGGAAUGGAGCCAACUCGGGGAGCAACGGGAGGAGGAGAAGGGAAGGUUAGUUUCCCCAUCACAGGCCAGAAUCUUCCACAGACUCACUUUCUCGGCCCAGGGCUGUCCUCAGAGCAUCCAGUCAAGGCGGGAAGAAGUUUCUAGAAGGGGAGAGGCGCUCCUGGGUGACCCGCAGAGACCUCUGCCUGGAAAUCGUCAGUGGUCCUAGACAGAGGGUGUAGGAGGCUGCCUGCUGUGAUGCUCUCUCAUCCCUAACCCACCCCUUCUUUGGAAUGUCUGUGUUAUUUUCUGACACUGUUGGUCACUGUGG